GUGGGUUAGAGAAGGAAGAAAAUACAUACGUUUUGCUUACUUAAUCCGUCUUUUUCUGCUUCUUACAUUGUUUCAUGGUUCAGUGAAGAAGAACAAAGCAAGAAAAGUUGAGCAGGAAUAGAAGAAAGAGCAAGAAAAGAGGAAAAUUGUGAUUUUCUUUCUGGAACAUUUGGAGAGGAAGAAGGAUGGGAAUUCCUUACGACGACCUGGUUCUCAUUACACCACCAGAAAAGGAAGGAGAUCCCAGUGUCAUCACUGUGAACUGCCCAGACAAGACUGGCUUGGGUUGUGACCUCUGCCGUUUAUUGCUUUUCUUUGGGUUGAAUAUCGUAAAAGGAGAUGUUACAACGGAUGGGAAAUGGUGCUACAUCGUCUUCUGGGUUGUCGGAAAACCCACCACAAGGUGGGAUUUGUUGAAAAGGAGACUGGUUGGGGCGUGCCCUUCUUGUAAUUCUGCUUCGGCAAUUUAUUAUUACAGAUCGGAGUUGCAGCAGCAGAAGCCUCCAGAUGUUUUCCUGUUGAAGUUCUGUUGCUUUGAUCGAAGAGGUCUCUUGCACGAUGUCACCGAAGUCCUCUGCGAGCUUGAGCUCAUAAUCAGGAAAGUCAAGGUGUCGACCACCCCAGAUGGAAGAGUAAUGGAUCUUUUCUUCAUCACAGACACCAGGGAACUUCUGCAUACAAAGAAGAGGAAGGAGGAUACUCAUGAUCGAUUGAGAGGUGUUUUGGGAGAUGCAAUGAUCAGUUGUGAGAUAGAAUUGGCUGGUCCUGAAAUUGCCACAUGUUCACAUGGUUCUUCGUUUCUCCCUGUUGCAGCCAUGGAAGAGAUGUUCAGGUUAGAGCUUACCGAAGAAUUUCAAAGUGGGUUUGCAAUUGCCAACAAUGUUUCUGUUAUGAUGGACAAUACCCUCAGCCCUUCUCACACACUCAUGCAAAUCAAUUGCCAAGAUCACAAAGGUCUCCUCUACGACAUUAUGAGAACUUCGAAGGAUUAUAAUAUACAGACUUCUUAUGGUCGUUUCUCCCUGAAUGAAAGAGGACAAUGUGAGGUGGAUUUGUUCAUGCAAUCGGAUGGAAAGAAGAUAGCCGAUCCAAGCAAGCAGAAUGCAUUGAGGUCUUGCCUUUUGAUGGAGCUGUUUCGUCCUCUAAGAGUAGCUGUGGUUAGCCGAGGUCCUGAUACAGAACUUCUGGUUGCAAACCCUGUAGAGUUAUGUGGCAAGGGUCGGCCCCUUGUCUUUCAUGACAUCACCCUUGCACUCAAGAUGCUCAAUACAUGCAUCUUCUCGGCUGAGAUUGGGAGGCAUGUGAUUGGUGAUCGGGAGUGGGAAGUUUAUAGAAUCCUUCUUGAUGAAGGGGACGGGCCUUCAGUGCCAAGGAAGAAGAUCGAGGAGGAAGUCACAAAGAUGUUGAUGGGUUGGAAGUGAAAGAUACCUUUUCCUGCCCCUUUUU